AUGGGACUGCCUGAAGAAUCACCUUCGUCCCCUGGACUUUUGGGACAACAUGAUGGACUUUCUCCGCCCCCUGGACUUAUGGGACCACCAGAUGCUCCAACAGCUCCAAUGGCUGAUGAACCUCCUCUACCUCCAACGUUGCCCAUCAGCAACACUGAUGAAGUGGAGCCCUCAGCAGAAGUUUUUCCGCCAACACCAGCAGCUGGUCAAGUUUUAGACCCUGCAACUGCUGAGAGAUUUCAAGUACCACAACAAGAGAUUUUUGAGCAACGACGAGCACGAGUUGACCGCCAAGAAACUUUGUCUUUUGGUCCCCGCAGGUCACAAUUUCAAAGCUCUCAUGGAGCUACUCCAUAUGAUCGUCCUGCACGUGGCGAUGAUGAUGCUGCUGCCAACAUGGCUUUCAAUGUGGAGGACAUGGAACAAGAUUCACUGCCUGGUGACUGGUGCUUCAAGCCUGGGACUGGCUACUUUGAGCUUCGUGAAGGUGCCCGAGUACGUGAUUUCUGGGAGCUGAAAGCUGGAUGCCUCCUUCGACAUCACUGCCACCAACGGCGCACUCUCUUUGACCCUGCUGGCAGCUCAGACAUCCCAGUUCCACUUGACAAGCUUGACAACGUCAGGGUCACCAUUCACUUUGACCGUGACGGCAGUGCCACGACCUUCACUGAUGAUUUCCGAAAUCCUCAGCAGCAUGACAAAAACCUGCGACAGCAUCAACUGCCAUCAACAUGGAAGGGUACAGUUUUUCAAAUCAAUGCUGAAACCAGAAAAGAGCUCAACAUGUUUUCCAGCGAUAGCAACCACUGCUACCACGUUCAGAAUGCAAAGAAGGUCGCCCAAGGCCUCAAGAACCAACAUCAACGACAACAACGUCGAGAUGUCACCAAGAUGGCCAAGAACAAAGGCGAAGUGCUUCCCAACGAAGCCUUGCAGAUCCUUGGAGCCACCGCCAACACAAGAAUGUUUUUACGAAAGCCAGUUUAUGGCCAACUUGAUGCUCCGAGGAGAUGGUUUUUGGAAGCAGUCCGCCGACUGAAAAGCCUUGGAUGGCAACAACAUGCGCUUGACCCUUGCUGCUUUUGCCUCUAUGACUUCAAGAAGGAGUCAAGCCCAACACUCGUGGGGAUGUUGUGUCUUCACACCCUGGAGUACUGUGGUGUGAAACUUGAAAGGCAUGACCACUGCUGGAAGGUCAACCAACAUGACUACAUCCAGAAGGUCAAGCCCGUGACCAUACACAAAGGCCGCGUGGCCGAAAAUGAAAUGAAUGACCACGACAGGUCACAACUCAGAGCACUUCUUGGCUCCUUGCAAUGGCCUGCCGUGCAGACUGCACCGCACCUACAAUGCUCUGCAAGCCUCAUCAGUGGCCAGCAGAAAACUGGAAAACUACGUGCUGUGAUUGAAGCCAACCAACUUUUGCGUUUUGCAAAGCAAAAUUCCGAUGUCAAGCUCACCUACGAGCCCUUGGAGAUUGACUCGCUUGCCGACCUGAGGCUCUGUGCGAUGUUUGAUGCUGCCCAUGGAGUCCGAGAAGAUGCCACUUCUCAAGGUGGCUACCUGAUCUUCGUCGCGCCCAAGAAGAUCUUUGAGGAGGAGACCUCUUACCACUUGAUUGAGUGGCGCAGCUUCAAGCUCCCCAGAGUGGCGAGAUCAAGUCUGAGCGCUGAAGCCCAAGCGUUUGGCCAAGCUGCUGAUAUGGUGGAAUUCAUAUGCCGAUACUGGAUUUGCCUUUUCAGCCUUCCUUCAAAGCUGAAAGAAUGCCUUGACCAACGAUCUGACCUUGAGCCCGUCAUGAUCACUGAUGCGAAAGCCCUCUACGACAGCUACAACAAAGAAGGUUUGACUGGCUCUUCGUCCGUCGACAAAAGGACGUCCCUGGAGAUACGAGUUGGAAAAGAACAACUACAAGCUUUGGGUGGUGUUUUGAAAUGGAUGAGCAGCGAAAAGCAGUUCGCUGAUGGAUUGACAAAGAGUUCUACCAGAACUUUGCUGGCCGACAGACUUCGACAUCAUCGACAGAAGCUGGUGUGGGACCCAAACUACACUAGCGCGAAACGCAAGGAUGCUUCAGAAAGAGAAGCAAGCCGCAAUGAGUUUGCGAAAGGGAAGGAAUCCAAUCAACAACAACCUCACUUUCAACCUCUCACCUCACCUUCACCUACAUCACAACCUCAACAUGAACGCAUGGAUGACCCUGCCGAGCUCUACACGAUGGAAGAUGAAGACAUGAAUGAAGAGACCUAUGAACCUGCGUAUGACGACGUUCAUGUCGAGCCCUAUGAGCCUGUCGAGGCCUACGUAGCAACCCCAAAGAAUGCCAAGGUGAUAAAGUAUGUCAUCGCGGCGCUGACCUGGUUGCCUACAACCUCAGCAAUGCAUGCUGCUCCGGACCAUGAACAUGGACAGAGCGGAAUUUGGUUUUUCGCCAUUUUGGAGGCGGAUUUGAUUCGCCGACUUCCGUGUCAAUGCUAUGACGUGGCUGGCCGCCGCAAUGAGGUCGCAAUUGAACUGGAAGCAACAAGACGCAACGCCAACGUGAUGGCGAUCAUGCUGGCCUCUCAAAUCGAAGCAAUUCGGUUUCUGCAAGCAAGAACCGAUAGACUUCGAAGCCUGAUAGCCAACCACCAAGCUCCAUGCCCGCUUGGUGACACAGUCCGGUGCAGCCGACGCUGGAUGGUUCGCUGUGGCACAUCGACCCUGAGUGCCCAAUCAUCACCCUGA